CGACAAAUUGAACUGAAUUUUCGUCAUUUUUGAAUGAUCUCAGGCAACUCUUGAGAAUAUGUAGCUGGAAAUUAGCUUCUUUGUUUUACGAUAAAUGAUUUAUAGACAAUUUUAUCUCAGUUCCUGCUCCGUAUCGGGAUGGACUACGGUUAGAAUAACCGCCAUUUCAAAAAUAUUUCUCUGGGGUUUCGUUUGCCUCACAGCUUUUAAUGGUCUUUCCAAUGGAGUGGYYASAACRGUUCAGACAUCUUYGAAUGCUAGUUCCUCCGAUCCAGGUCAAAAUGCAUUUAGUGCUUCAUCUUACCCAAGAUCAUCGUCUUCUACUAGCAACACAUCUCAGACUUCAACCUUCGCUUCGCCUUCUUCUUUGUCCACAACAUAUAGCAACAAUGGACUAAUGAUUAGCUCUGUUGCUGUGCUAUCUUCUCCAACGAUCAACAGCCUUACUUUCAGCAGUGCACAUACAAUCCGCAGUUCUAUACUAAUGAAUAGCGCUGUCUCUUUACCAUCAUCUUCCGUAAGCAUCAGUCCUAGYACAGCWCAUGUGAUGAACACUUCGACGAUGAUGCAUGCUACUGUGGUUCARCMAUCUCCUUCCGUGAGCAUCGGUCUUAGCAGUACACAUGUCAUGAAAACGUCGAUAAUUGUKAAUGCUACUGUUGUUCCGCUAUCUUCUUCUAUCAACACCACUUCUAGCAGUAGACAGGUGAUGAACACUUCGAUGAUGGUUAAUUCUACUGUCUUUGUACCGUCUUCUUCCGUCAUCAUCAGUCCUAGUAGUACACAUGUCAUGAACACUUCGAUGUUGGUUAAUGGUACUGUCGUUGCACCAUCUUCUUCAGUCAGCAUCAGUCCUAGAAGUACACAUGUCAUGAAGACUUCGAUGAUGGUUAAUGGUACUGCCGUUGCACCAUCUUCUUCCGUCAGCAUCAGUCCUAGCAGUACUCAUGUCAUGAACACUUCGAUGAUGGUUAAUGGUACUGUCGUUGCACCAUCGUCUUCAAUAAGUAUCAGUCCUAGAAGUACUCAAGUCAUGAACACUUCGAUGAUGGUUAACUCUACUGCCGUUGCACCAUCUUCUUCCGUCAUAAUCAGUCCUAGCAGCAUUCAUGUCAUGAACACUUCAAUGAUGUUUAAUUCUACUGCCGUUGCAACAUCUUCUUUCAUCAGCAUCAGUCCUAGAAGUACAUAUGUCAUGAAUACUUCGGGAUUAGUAGUUGCAUCAUCCUCUUUYAUCAGUAUCAGACCUAGAAGUACACACGUGGUGAACACUUCAACAUUGGUAGUUGUAGAAUCCUCUUUCAUCAGCGUCAGUCCUAGCAGUACACAUGUGAUGAACACUUCUACUAUAGUUUCACCAUCUUCAUCAGUCAGCAUUAGAUCUAGGAGUACACAUGUCAUGGGCACUUCGAUGUUGGUUAAUUCUACUGUUUUUGCAUCAUCCUUUUCCAUAAGCUUAAAACCUAGCAGUACAUAUGUAAUGAAGACUUCUUUGAUUGUUAAUGCCACUUCGGUGGCACCAUCUUCUUCAGUCACGAUCGAUUCUAGCAGUUCGCAUAUGACAACGUCUUCAACUGUGGUUUAUAGCACUAUCAUUACACCAUCUUAUUUACUCAGUAUCAGUUCUAGCAUUACACAUGCUUUGACCACAUCGAUGAUGAACACCACUGUAGUUUCACCAUCUUCAUUGAUUACCCAUCCCAGCAGUACAUAUAUAAAAGGCAGUUUAUUAUUGGCGAGUUCUAUCGUCGGUACGUCAUCUUUUCCAUUUAUUGUCAGUCCCAACAGUACAUUUGCAAUGAGCAAGUCAUCUUUUGUCGCUGCCACUCUUUUGACAUCCUUGUCAUCGACCCUUCUUUCUCCAAGGAGCACAUAUGCCUCGGUGUCCUCUAGUGAGUUGUAUAAAACAUCAGCUGUUGAACAAUCAACUGUUAUCACGAAAUCAGCUACCCCAAUAUUAUCGGCAUCGUCCUCUCAUUCUUCCAAAACGGAUCCGUUAUCUUCUGUAUCGGUUGGAUCUGAUGUCACGUCAUCGGCAUUUUUCACGAAAUCAUCGUAUUCAUCGCUUACAUCUUUUGGGAAAGUUCCAUCGACCGCUUUAACUUCUUUCCAGUCUUUAGUAACACCAUCUCCAUCUCCAAGAAGUUCUGCUGUAGUUGAAUCAACAAUAACGCAAUCUUUGCAUGUCACACAAUCAUCCUCGUCCAAGACAUCGUCUAUAUUAAGUAUAGAACCUUCGCCCACAAGCCAGKUACCUGCGACUUCAUCGGCGUUUUGGCCAAGCGUGAAUGAUACUGAAGAAGUUGUGACUUUGAAAAUCUUCGUUCCCCUCAGCUUUGAUAUUAAAAGUGAUGAGUUCAAGGCUGAGAUGGAGAUUAGGGUGCUUGAUUUGUUCAGACUUGGUCUCGACGUAAAAGCUCGACGUAAAAGACGCUAUGCUACCAGUGAUACCAAUCAUUUACAGCAAGAKCUCGACAACUAUUUGAAGGACCUCAGAAAGGAAAGAARGAAGAAAGCGUUACAUGUGAUCAUGGAAAACUAUAUGGAAGAAUUAAAAAAUAAUAAGCAUCUUCCUCAGUUAGGACUUCGACWGCCCGUUAAAAAGCGAUCUAGAAGAGCAGUUGACAAUUAUCGCGCACAGGUUACAUCUAUUAAGAGAACUCCUACCGAUGAAAGUGAAAACGUCGAUCUCAAUUAUCGAAUACUGGRCGGUAACAAGAUUGUCCCUGCGGCGCAGGUCACAGAAACGAGCAAUAAGUUGUCCGUAAACCAAAUGUCCUAUACGUUAAAGCACCCGGUUUUGACUCGACCAGCGCCAUUGACGUCCAUCCAACCAAGUCCACAGCCACGCUCGGACAGCAAGCAGAGCAUGAUUAUUGCCGCCAUUGCUGUUGCUGCAUCAGUUGCAGUUCUUCUUGUUUUGCUGGUGAUUUUUAUUAGAUGCGCCUCGAGAAGAAGAAGGAGGAUAAGACAAAGCACGCAAACUAAGGCGCCAUCUAARGAAAUGGAAGAAAAUCGACCAUCACCGUAUGUUGUUGCCGGUCCAUCCCAACCAAGGGACGUCUACAAGGGAAGGAAAUGGUCCAGCGAGUCCGAUGGAGAUUAUUUCCAGAAACGACCAUUACCCACUAUCCCUCGCGAACCGGACGUUGAGAUUCGUAACGCUAAAGAGCGCCGAUUACGAAGGGACGAAAGCAAACACAGGAAGUCAAAACGAAGGCAGAAAGAAAGACAAACGAAAAGRGAGAAAGACGAGAAYGUUGAGAUGGGAAACAUGGCUGGCGUAAUAGAGAAUGCUCCCAGACUAGGCCAGAACCUUUUACAGGCAAAAGACGAUCAAACAGAGAGAAUACCAGUUCGGUUUUCCAGCCUUCCCCCCUUGGUGCAAACAUCCCUUGUUACAUCACCCCCCGUACAGGCUGCAGGGUCUCCUUCAACGAGGGAAGAUGCUGAUGAUAAGGAAGAGGACAAGACAGGGAGGGGCGAGUCCAAGAAAAAAUUGCCUCAGGGUGAGAGACAACGACUGAUGUGGUUUAACCCUUAUAAAGACUCAAAUCUAAACGGUGACACUAAAAGCUCUGAUGAAGAGCUAUUCACAAAGGCGAGUGUUGAACGUAUGAGAAAUAAGAUAAGACAACGAGAGAAAGUCCGACAGGAUAUGAGGGAAAAGGAGCGAAGAAAAGAAGAAGAACUUAAACAACAACGCGGCAUUGAAACCGACCCGAAGACUARCGACGACCGCGAUGAGGUUUCUACGGAAGCUUCCUUGGAUGCAAUGAGGAAAAAGAAACUCCGCAAAGACCGCUGGAUACAUAAUCGUGUGGGCACAARCACAUCAGUCGAUAGCAGUGGCUCUGAUAGUUACCCAGAAGACCACACGAGAGAGGAAGAACAGCUCGAGAAAAAGCUUGAACGUUUGAGAAAAAAGAAAAGAAAAGCACAUAAGAAUGCACAACCAGUCAGCCAAGUAGGGGUCAGCGGUAUCGUUCCAAAAGCAGUAGCCCAUGAUGCAUUGCGUGAAUCYAAUUGGGUAACAAACGAUGGAACUGGUGUCCAGUUAGUCACGGUUAGACCACGUAAUUAUGAGGAUUACGAAGAACCUGUCUACACAUCUCAGCCUAUUAUUCAACCGGUGGUCCACCAGCAAAUUCAAAAUCCAUACGUUCACGAUAUGCUUCAUAGAGGUUAUCCCAUAAUUUCACCUAUAACUGAGCCUGCAGUACAUCCAGCGGAAUACUUAACAAGCCCCCGAGAAUCCGAACUGGUCGAUGUUWURGAGGACGAACCAGAUCAUGAUGAGAAUUUGUAUCAACCUAUAGGUCCUGAUUUGCAUGUUCCCCUACACGAACAACCAAUACCUCAUGACAUGAGCCCGCGAGCACAGGAAAACCUUUAUGAAGAGCCACUAUUCACUCCAGCCCACCCCCCUCAGUCAUACCUCACAAGACCAUUAGCUGUGAYUCCGCAAAAGGUAUAUGCACGUAGUCCAUACCCAAGUGAUAUACUUCGACCACACCCACAGAGUACGACGCGAGGCAGACCGAGUGCCUCACGUCCAGCUCCGCAGGGUGGUACUAGGCCUUCAUCAGCUCGCUCCAGUCCCUCGUCAACAUAUGCAAGRAGGGAGCCUCGGCACUAUGAAGAACCUAUGCAUUAUCCAAGGAGUGGUGUUCCACCUGUCAAUUUCACUCCUACUAACACACGUCCUACCUCAGCUACUUCGACMCAACGAAGUCUAGGGACAUCUCCGAGGUAUAUAGGAACUCCCCGUACGAAUAGAGAGCCUAAAGACCCGUACGUUCAAGCGCGAACAAUGCUUGAUAGCGCCAAAAAGCAGGUAGAUAGAUUUGAGCGCGAAAAGUCACGUGAUGAACCUGAUGGAAUCUCAAAUGGCUAUUCCAAACCACGUGGUGUGAAGGUCUCACGUCUGRCGUCACAACCAAGAACGCCAUAUACGGCAACAAAAGAUGAGCUUGCUGUCAUGGAAAAAGCAGAACUUGAGGCACAAAUGCUUGUGUCACGUGCACUGGCACGUGCCAGAACAAAUAAAAGAAAAUGAUUGGCCAAUGGGCAACAUGCCAUGUGAUUAGCACGUGCUCAAAAGUUAUAAAUACAAGAAAACUUUUGAUUGAUCAGAAAUUUUGAAGCGAAUUAAAAGACAAAACAGUYUCCGAGUUUUAUGAUGAAAAAUGAGUACGUAUUUUGUCUUUAAUUUGCUUCAAUGGUGUAAAUAUGUAUAUCAUAUAUCCUAACAUUAACGAACUUAAAUGAUUGAAUCAAUUUUAUUAYCGCAUUCAGUGUUAAGAGACGGUUCUCACUACAACAUAAGCAAAAGAAAAAACAGAAGCUGGUUCACACUUGACAUAUAAGCAAGGGCUGACAUUAAUGUUGUUUUUUCUGGUUCACACUGAUAAUUUUUAUAAAUAAGCAAAAGCACAAACGUAGAGAAAUGAAAAAGUUUUAAUUUCUUCUUGUGUUUGUGCUUCUGUUUAUGUUUUACCCGGUUCACAUGUCUGAAAAAAUUCCCUUCUUCUGUUUCUGCUUAGUUUGUAUUGAGAACUGGGCCUUACCUUCGUGUUUUCUUUCGUACUUUCGUGCUAUCAAAUACAUAUCGAUAGAAAAAAAAAUAGUGAUCAAAGAUAUUUUAGRAUUGAAGAUAUAUUUUUGUAAUUAUUAGAUAAUCGAGGAUAUAUAUUUAUUUACAAUAAACUGAGUAUGAAUAACCAAA